AUGGCAACUGGUAACCGUGUUCCCGAGAACUUUCAAACUCUGUCUCCGAUUGUGAAGGCUCCUUUGUCCGACACGCUUUCGGUGCCACUCUCGCAGCAGGGACGUAUCUGUGGAUUCUUCGAGUCUCAAUUCUAUCGAUGCAUGGAAGCCUAUGGAGCUAAAAUGGGACGGAAAUAUUGCGAUCUCGAGCAUCGUGACUAUCAAGAGUGCAUCACUGGCGACAAACAGAAGAAGAGAGCUGAAGCGAUUGCUGCUCAGCGCAGGAAGCUGUUCCUCGAAGGCAAACUCGAUUCACCAUUCCUUGACAAUCACCCGGAACCAGGCCAAUUCAAGACCGACCAUUUCCAAUGGAACCGCAUCAACUAA